AUGGCUCGGGCCGGCGCCAACGUGGCCGCCGCCAUCGCCAUCGCAGCGCCAGCCAACGCGCAGGCGCUGCCCUCGCGCCCUCGGCACGGCGGCUCGACGCCCCUCCGCCGGGCCUCGGGCACGCGAACGCAGCCUCGCGGCUGCGGCGGCGGCAGCCAGGCUGCUCGCCUCGACAUGGUUGGGGCCGGCGCCAACGUGGCCGCCGCCAUCGCCAUCGUCCCGUCUUUCUCCUACCGUCUCACGAUUCGCCCACCGACACGCUGCUCGCGCGUCGUCGUGUGUGGCGUCGAGCGGGCGCCCUCGCCGGCCGCCACGCUCCCCGCUAGCGCUGCCUCGCAGGCAGCGCCGAGCCUCGCGGGCACCCUCGUGGCUGCGGCGGCGGCAGCCAAGCUGCUCGCCUCGACAUGA